UCAAUCUCGGGUAAAACCACCCCUUUACAAACAGAAGUCUCCUCACUCGGUCUCUCUGUGCACCCCCACCCCCCGAAAACCCUAACCCCAACCAUGCCGAAGCUCUCCCUCUUCCUAAUCCUGUUCCCUUUCCUCCCAUUUUUAUGCACCUCCUUCUCUCCCGAGAACCCUUCUAGUCGCCGAGUCCUCGUCUUGCUCGACGACCUCGCCCUCAAAUCGUCUCACUCAGUUUACUUCAAGUCCCUCCAGUCCCGUGGGUUCGAGCUCGAUUUCAAGCUUGCCGAUGACCCCAAGAUCGGGCUGCAGCGUUACGGCCAGUAUCUAUACGACGGCCUGAUCUUGUUUUGCCCCACGACCGAGCGUUUUGGAGGAUCCAUUGAUUUGGCUGCAAUACUGGAUUUUGUUGAUUCUGGUCAUGAUUUAAUUCUUGCGGCUGAUAAUAAUGCAUCGGAUCUAAUAAGAGAAAUUGCCACUGAGUGUGGAGUUGAUUUUGAUGAGGCUCCUGUACUUUUCCAAGGAAUUGGCCAUACUUUAAGUCCUGCCAAUAGCCUGGUGCUGAAAGUUCUCUCCGCUUCUCCUUCAGCAUAUUCUGCUAAUCCAAAUUCCAAGCUGUCAAAUCCUCCAUCACUCACUGGAUCUGCAAUCUCUUUAGUUUCUAUCCUGCAGGCUCGAAACAAUGCUCGGAUUUUGAUCUCUGGCUCAUUGGUUAUGUUCAGCAAUCGAUUCUUCAGAUCUGGGGUGCAGAAAGCUGGGACUCCGACUAAACAUGAGAAAUCGAGUAAUGAACAGUUUUUGACUGAGCUUAGCAAAUGGGUUUUCCAUGAAAGAGGACAUCUCAAGGCUGUGAAUGUACAACACCAUAAAGAUGGGGAGGCUGAUGAACCGUCCAUGUAUAGGAUCAAUGAUGACUUGGUAUAUUCUGUUGAGAUUUAUGAGUGGUCUGGUAGAAGUUGGGAACCAUAUGUAGCUGAUGACGUUCAGGUGCAGUUUUACAUGAUGAGUCCCUAUGUUCUGAAGAAUUUAUCCACUGACAAGAAGGGUCGUUAUUUUACAGCAUUCAAGGUUCCAGAUGUUUAUGGGUUUUCCAGUUCAAGGUUGAGUACCAAAGGCUUGGAUACACAAGCUUAUCCCUGUCAAAGCAGAUUCCAGUCCGGCCCUAUAGGCACAAUGAAUAUGAAAGGUUUAUACCUGCGGCUUAUCCCUAUUAUGGGGCAGCAUUUUCAAUGAUGGCAGGUUUCUUCAUAUUCACUGCGGUCCACCUGUACAACAAGUAGCUGUAGAACCAUUGCAUAUGGAGAAAAUGUACCAUUGGGAUUGAGGGCCCAAUUUUUGGAUUGGAAAUUUUGAUCCAGCAAUGAAUGAGUCACGUGGAAUGUUUAUUAUAUAAUGGACACAUAAGCUGAUAGUUGGUCAAAGAAAAUGCAAUUUGCCAUCA